AUAUAUAUAUAUAUAUAUAUAUAUAGACCUCACGAAGAGUAAACAGUUUUUAUAUUAUAUAUUUUCAUAUUACAGUAAAUGUCAGGAGAAUGCACGUAAUGGCGUUCUAUGAUAUAUUAUUGUUAAUACAAUACCUAAAACACAGAAUAUUUACCCGCGCUUUUUGUCAGGUACAUGCACAUAUGCAGACAGAGGAGUGAAUGGGCGGAGUUACAAUCUCAUCAAGCGAAACUCCUGGUCAAGUCCUUUCAGUUUGAUUCAGCGAUACCAGGAGAGCGAUUCACACUGCAAGCGCGAGCAUGGCCACCGACUUCACACAGGAGUCUAUUCGGCGUUUCCUUCUCAACAACGGCGGGCAGGUGCGAAACGCGGAUUUACUGACACACUACAAGCGGUUUCUGAGGGAGGACGAGCAGAGAGAGCUAAACCGCGAGUUAUUUAAGAAGUAUGUGAACUCCGUGGCCACGGUGAGGCAGGAGGAAGGGGUGUCUCUUGUUGUGCUAAGGAAAAAAUACCGUGUACACCUCGGAGACAUCGCCAAGAAUCAGGAGCUCGAGAGAAGGAAAGACCGAGAUGCUAUACAAGUGGUGAGUAAGAAGCAAGAACUUAAACAACAAGCUGCUUUGCCUAUCUCAACUUUUGACACUGGUGUUGAAAUCUUGCCAGCUGCUGGUAUUGUAACCACCACUAUUAACAACAAUAACAACAACAAAGAUUCUACUCCCAAUUUUGAGAAAGCUGCCAAAACUUUGUCACCGAAUGUGAGGAAACAACCCGUUGUAUCCAUUCCCUAUGUAGAACAGGCACCUUACGACACCUGCCCUUUGAAACCAGCCCCAUCUGACACUGACAGUCGCUCAAGUGGGAGCGGUCAGAGCUUUGAACAGCCAUGGGAGUUGAAAGCAUCCGAGCUGGAACACAACAUUGUUCACACGACCAAACUGAGACAAUUAAGGGAAGCAGAUGGCUGCGAGCAGUCCUUUGUUACCCCUAGCCAUUAUGAAGUUAGAGUGUCGCCUCCACCUGAAAGAACAAGUUUGGGCACAAACACAUUGGACGUUAACUCUUAUAAACACUUUCAGAGGAAGCAUUCAGAGGAGCCUGUCGCCAAAGCAUGGCCUUCGCACACACCCUUCGGACAGUCUCAUAUGUCCAGCUCUACGUCUUGUCUGUUGGACCACCCUAUUGCCCCAUACACCCAAGCAGGUUUGAGUCAAAGCAAUGACAGUCUGUUACGACCAAACCCCCCUCUGACCCAUGCAAGCGAAGCGUACCUGCAGCUACGCCCCCCUUCAAGUCUUUCCUCAAGUCACGACAGCCUCUCAAUCCCGUCCCCUUCCUCUCUUCCACCUGACACUGGUUGGCCGCAAGGCUUUGGGCGGGAAGAUUGGCCCAGCGAUGAUACCGUGAAGUAUCAAGGCCUCGCAGGACAAGAUGGUAACGAUGUACGUGCCUUCAUGCGUCAAUCCCAGGAGGCAAGGUUGUUGUCGCAACUCCAUCAACCAUGUCGCAAGAUCACACCGCUGCACCAUUCCACCGGUCACCUUGAAGACCAGGACUCAAGGGUGUCUCCACGGAGCGCUUCACCGGAGGCCCAUUACGGACCAAUUGCCCGCCGGUUGAGUUCUCGUCUAAAAAGUCGGAUGUGUCGGAGUCUCGGAGAAGAUUUGGAUCAGUCGUUCCCAGAGGAUGCCAAUUCGGCACGGUGCAACCGUCUCCAGUUGUUGUCUUCGACUCUCAGCAUUGGCAAUCUAGUUUCCUCGUCUUCCAGCAAAGGACGAAGUUCUCGAGAUCUUUCCUCACCUGCUGGGUCAACACGAAGUCUGGGGACUCCCGGGCAUGAUGGGUCCUUCAGCAACAAACAGUCUUCGGUUCCUCUUGAGCCCAGAGAACACGAUUGGUUCGUUAAAGCAGCAUCAGGCACAUGGACUGACAUCUACACCCUCUUCCGAGAGGACCCAAUCCUUCUAAGCAAACGAGACUUCAUAUCUGGGUUCACCAUUGUACAUUGGAUCGCAAAGCAUGGUGACCAUCGCGUCCUCAACACGCUUUUUUACGGAGUCGACAAGGUCGGGAUGAACCUAGAUGUUGACGCACAGACCUCUUGUGGGUAUACGCCUCUUCACCUAGCGGCCAUUCAUGGACACAAGAAGCUUAUUCGGCUACUUGUGCAAAAGUUCAAAGCUGACAUGCGGAUCAGGGACAGCAGUGGGAAAAGACCAUGGCAGUACUUGAGUAAAGACGACAACCGAGAAAUAUUAGAACUCUUGGGUGCUCCAGAGAAAAUAAUGGGUCGUAGUCCAGGGAUGCAAGGGUCUGCAGUAGGCCUGCCCACAAGACCUGCAACCGCAACGGUGAACGUUAAAAGGCAUACGUCUAUUGCUGCACUGUUUAAACACAAGUCUCACCUAAGAGUCACAUCUAGUUCAGAAGAUUUGUAGUAAUUUUACCUGGCUAGAUUGUAUUGUUUGGAGGUAAACCCUUUCUCGCUACAGUAGCUCUUUUUUGGUGGUGCAAAAAAGUAUACAUUUUGUCACUUCUUUUAUAUGAUUAACUUUGAGUCAGUAGUACAAUCUUUUUAUGAUUUGUUCUGAGUAUGCGGAUCUGUGUAUGUCCAACAUUGGGUUUCUAUUUCUAUGAAUGUCACUAAUAUGUUUUGGUGUUAUGAAACUGUUAUUUAAUACCUCUCUUGUAAUAUGAGAGCACGUUAAAAGAAUGUUGCGGGUUCAAUAAAUGUCAAGCUCAAUCAAAAGCAUUGGUUUACCUGGGGGUGAAGCAAAAAUCGUGGUUGCAGUGAGGCCCUUACAAUGGAAGUGAAUGGGGAGAUGCUGUCGAUUGAGCUUAACUUGUAUUAAACCUGGAAUAUUACUUUUAAUAUGUCUGGUAUGCAACAGUGUGUUGCUUUGUACCGACACACACAAGAUUCCCAAUCAUUUUGUAUCAGACUGUGAUUUUCAAAAUACAUUUUCUGCCCAUAACAAUGCUUCAUUUCUUCUGGUGGGACAAAUUUAAUUCAGUGCUUCGUAAUUGUCACGCUUGAGCUCCCUAUGCAAAGGAAGAAGCUGUUCUGGGUCCUCUCUCCCUCUCUGUACUUAAUCUGAGAAACUUUGCCGCUCAUGUACUAGUAAUUGAGAGUGAUUGAUACGUUGGAUGAUGAGAAUUUUAAAUUGAGAAUGCAAUUGCUUUUCUUCCUAUGAUUUCAGAUAUUGAUGUUCUCAACUAUCCAACCCUGGAUGCUCAUGAUGAAUGCUACUGAUAAGAUCUUUGCUGGUUUAGCUAACUUAAUAUUUAACUCUCUCUCCCCCACUUAUCUCAAACCAAAGGGGAGGGAUAAACAUAGGGAUGAGCAUUCCAGCACUGGACACGCCAGAACAACCAUACCUCACAGACCUCUAUCAGUGUUGCUUAAGCGACAUCGAGUUUGGACAACUGUUUUUCUUUCUGCAUUUCCCCCCACAGUCAUGUUUUGAGGUGAUUCUAUGCGUUCAUGUUCGAACGUUGAUGGUUUGCAUGCCGAGCUAUUCCUGUCAUUUGUGUUUUGUUGUCGAACUACAUAUUCUACCUGAGGUAGAAAAACAGAAAAUGACUUUAGGGGGAGAGUAUAGCGUGACCUCACCCGUUGAAGUUGGAUUGUUGUUUAUCUCACAAUCAUGUUUGAGUCUUUUUCUUUUAUGAUGUGUGUGUUUGAACUGUUGUGUUUACUGACAUGUUUCAACACGCCAUUGGAGUGUUGGUUAACUUGGCUGCAUUUCUUCUUUGCAUUGAGUCUUACAUAAUAUAUGUGCACUAUGUAUUGCACUUUUAUAGUCAAACUUUAUUAUGUGAAUAAAACAAGACUUUG